AUGACAUCAACUCAAUUAAAUCUUAUUCCUACAGAACACUUAUUAAAAGAAAAUGACAUUUUUGGUUAUGGAAAAGAAUUAUUAGAAGCAACUGGAUUUUCUUCUUUUAAUGUAGUUUAUGACUCAAAAAUAAAUGGAUUCAAUAAAAGUGCUUUUAAUGCAUCUGUUGUUGGUAAACAAAAUAUAUUGACACUCAUCAUUACUAAUGAUAACUAUAUAUUUGGUGCUUAUCAUUCAAACAUUCCAUCACUCUCUUCUUUUCAAGUGGUUAUUGAUUCAAAAGCUUUUAUAUUUGCACUUUCAAAUGGAUUAAAAAUAUUUAAGAAUAUUGACUCUGGGUCUUUCUUUAAUGGCAAUCAACCAACCUAUGAAGUUAGUUGUGCGUUUAAAAUUAAUGACCCAACUAAACAAUCAAUUAUUUGUGCCUAUGCCAAUCGUUAUUAUCAAGGAUUAAACAAUUCCACAGUAUUUGCUGGAAAUGACACAUUUAUUACAUCACAAUUAAUUGCAUUAGAGUUACAUUAA